UGAAUUGCUUGGUAAUUCAAAGGACUCUCGUCAGCAUUUUGUUUAUGCUGAACACGUGAAAUUCUGUUCUUAAUUACCGUUGUGGUCGACAGAAGUGUUCAUGAUCGUUGACAAUAAGUAACGAGGAUUAUUAAAAAUGUCUGCCGUUUGCUGUGUUUGUCAACAAAAAUUAUCAAGCGAGAACAAUAAGAAAAAUAUCUUCAAAGAUGAUCUGAUUAUUCGGAAUGAAAGUGAAAAGGCUGAGGGAAUAAAUUAUGAGGAACGUGCAAUGAAACUUUAUUCUGGAAUAGAAUUAAUUACUCAUCAAAAGAUCUUUGAAACAUGUGGAUCGCCCGUUUACCUCUGCGAUCCAUGUUUCAAAAAACUCGAAGGCUUCCUAAAUUUCCGAGAGCAAGUCCUCUCCUCUUUCGGCAUAAUCUUCAACGGUCAAAGCUCUUUCAAUCUUCUCAAGGAAAAAUCCCUCGAGUCCCAGCCGGGGAAAUCAAAGCUAGAAGAUUCGCAAAAAACCACUAUCGAGCUUGAUUAUCUCGAGGAAGAAAUUUCCGAUUCCCCAAAACUGCCGGAUCGCAUAUCAGCUCCCGAGGUUUUGAUCAAUGUCGAUGAAAGCUCCAUUUCCGUGGACGUUGAUUUCGUCGAGAGCGAGGAAAUUGACACGAACAAUUCCCUGAAUUGCAGCAGGUUGCAAAAUGACCAAGACAAUAAUAAUCUGAACGAGUCGGACUCUUCCAGUGAUCAUAUUGAGGUCCAGAGAUGCGAGGACAGUCCGCUUAGAGUUCAGGAAAGUGACAUCGAGUCGGAAAUUGAUGUCUGUUCGGGCGAUGAUGAUGAGAUUUUGGAAAUGCAGGCCCAGAGGAAGGAAAAUAUUUUAGAGGUUGAAACUUCCUCGGAAUCUGAGAUUGAAGUUUGCGAUUAUGAGCCUACUGGAAAGAGAAUUAAGGAUUUGAAUUCUCUUUCGCAAGCUCUGCCGUUUUAGUUGUGAGUAGAUGAAGUUUUCUUGUUAAUGUGAAUACGAGUUUAAAUGAUGUAAAUAGCCUCGAUUUUAGGCAAAGAUUUGGCGGAAUUAAGAACAAAAAAUUUUAUUACUUUUAAUGUAAGUCGAGGUGAAGUUUGAUUUUUUUUUUAAAUUAUAUUUUCGGCUCAAGACAGUUGUCGUGACAAAAAUAAUAUCGGUCGCUUCUUAGGAGGGGGAAAACAGAUUUUUCUUUUAAAAUGGUUUCAUUUUAAUAGGUUUUUUUUAACUGUUUUUUCAGAGAUCUCUGAUUUUUUUGGUAUGGCGACUGUCUUGAUCGAUGGUUCACUUUUUCUUUUUAAACAGGGUGUUCUACUCAUCUGGAAAAAACUUGGAAAUUUCGGAGAUUUUUUUGUUUU